GAGUUGAAAGGACAUGUCCAUUCCAUCCGAGAUUACUUAACAAAGCUAGAACAUUCUUGCUCUACCCGCAUCACAUAAUUUCCUCUGAGCCUGCCACUGUUUUAACACCGAUCCAUCAGCAUGGAAUUCAAGUCUUGUCUAGUACCGCUGCUGCUCCCUACUAUGGCCCUGCUGCUUCUCGCUUUUGGCAGCUCGCCCGCGGCGGCUCAGCUGCAAGUCGGCUACUACAGCAAGACAUGCCCGAACGUCGAGGCCAUCGUCCGCAACGAGACGGCGAAGAUCAUCGGCGCUGCGCCCAGCCUCGCCGGUCCACUUCUCAGGCUCCAUUUCCACGACUGCUUUGUCAGGGGUUGUGACGCCUCAGUCCUGCUGGAGUCCAACGGGGGCAACAAGGCCGAGAAGGACGCCAAGCCGAACAAGAGCCUGCGGGGCUUCGGUUCCGUGGAGAGAGUGAAGGCCAAGCUGGAAGCCGCCUGCCCCAACACGGUUUCCUGCGCGGACGUCCUCACCCUCAUGGCCCGCGACGCCGUCGUGCUCGCCAGGGGCCCUUCCUGGCCUGUCGCACUCGGUAGGCGAGACGGCAGGGUGUCGAGCGCCACGGAGGCGGCCGACCACCUGCCUCCUGCCUUCGGGGACGUCCCGCUGCUCACCAAGAUCUUCGCCGCCAAUGGCCUCGACGUCAAGGACCUCGCUGUCCUCUCCGGCGGCCACACCCUCGGCACGGCGCACUGCGGGUCCUACGCCGGCCGGCUAUACAACUUCAGCAGCGGCUACAGCGCGGACCCAUCCCUCGACAGCGAGUACGCCCACAGGCUCAGGACGCGCUGCAAGAGCGCCGACGACAAGGCCACGCUUUCCGAGAUGGACCCCGGCAGCUACAAGACCUUCGACACCAGCUACUACCGCCAGGUCGCGAAACGGAGGGGGCUCUUCCAGUCCGACGCCGCGCUCCUCGCAGACGCCACCACUAGGGAGUACGUCCAGCGCAUUGCCACCGGCAAGUUUGACGACGUGUUCUUCAAGGACUUCGGCGAGUCCAUGAUCAAGAUGGGCAACGUUGGCGUGCUCACCGGUGCUCAGGGGGAGAUCAGAAAGAAGUGCUACAUCGUCAACUAACUAGUUGUUAUACUACUAAAGCUUCUUUUUUUUUACCACAACAAAUUGUAGUCUGUGGUACAUAAGUUCAUGCACGUAUGUCUGUAUUAUUAAUCAGUUUAUUAUGUUAAUUAAUUUAGUUGGUGUGAUUAUAUAUAUUCAUGUGUUGUUAAGGGCACUCUUAAUAUAGAAACUAUUUUGUAGUUUGUA